AUGUCAUCACAAGUGACCUGGGACCUUGAGAGUCACGCAUCGAAUAGUAACCAUGCCGAGGUCAUUUUUGGUGAAGAGUAAACGGGCACAUAGCUACCACCAACCCCGAUACCUGGAUGAUGAGUACAUAAAACUGGAUACUAAUGUAUCCUUUAUAUGCGCAGAGCGCAAACCGCAAGUUGAGGGGAGCUGUGACGCGCAGGAUGCUCAUAACCAUGGCAAGCGCUCCCCCGAGUCCUAUCUAGUGCGCACGGCUGACCUGUUAUCCACCUCCCCGCUGAGCCACGAGGGCAACGUGUGCGACCGCUUCCCGGACUAUGACUACUACUGGCGCCCUCCAUCUCCAUCUGCAUCACAAGAUUCGGAACAAUGUUUCACUCCGUCAGUAGACAACGCUCAACCUUUCGCCAUUCCAUUCCGCCCUUAUGCAUGGACUACCUACUCUGGUUCCAAGCUCAGGCACCUUGUGCAGCGAACAUACCAACAGAAUCUCUCCACAACUCUGGAGCCUGACACACAGAUGGUUAUCGAUGGAUCCGAGGAUGGUGCCUCCAACUCCCCCAUUUACGCACAGCGGGGCCCGCACACAGGAUUUUACCGGGACUUUGGGUCUACGGUGUUCCCUACCUUUAAAAUGUGGGACGCCGACCAAUUAUACUCGGACCUCAAGGUCUCUAAAAUCAAGUCUGAAUCCGAUCUCAUCUGUUCCCGUAUAGAGUCAAGCAGAUCGUACAAAUGCAUUAAGUGUUGCAAGGUCUUCUCGACACCGCACGGGUUGGAAGUUCACGUCCGUCGGUCGCACAGCGGAGCACGACCCUUCACCUGUGGAAUGUGUCGGAAAACAUUUGGGCACGCAGUGAGCUUGGAACAACAUAAAGCCGUUCACUCACAGGAGAGGAGCUUCGACUGCAAAAUCUGUUGCAAAAGCUUCAAGCGAUCGUCCACGCUGUCCACGCACCUGCUCAUCCACUCGGACACGCGCCCCUACCCCUGUCAGUACUGCGGUAAGAGAUUCCAUCAGAAGUCGGACAUGAAGAAACACACCUUCAUUCAUACAGGUGAGAAACCGCACAAGUGCCAGGUAUGCGGGAAGGCCUUCAGUCAGAGCUCCAACCUCAUCACGCACAGCCGCAAGCACACGGGCUAUAAACCGUUCUGCUGCGACCUCUGCGUCAAGGGAUUCCAACGGAAAGUGGAUCUGAGGCGGCACAAAGACACACAACAUGGAUUUAAAUGAAAAACCGCGAACAGCAAAAAUUGUGCCUGGAGGAUUGAGAAGAAAAUAGGCUAAUGGAAGUAAAUGUCAAAUUUCAGAGGAAGGAUUAACGAAUUAAUUUUAAUAGUAUAUGCAAUUGUCAAUUUCAAAAUACAUUUAUGCAAUACUAGUAUUGUUAUAGGCCAAAUUGUCUUUAACAUUUUACAACACAAAAUACACGAUUUAGAAGUGUUGGUUGUGAUGCCCAACUAGGCAUAUUUAUGUUUGUGCUUAAUCUUUAGUUUUUUUCCCCUGGCAGAAGAAAACGAUUAAAUGCAAUACUACUCAGCAAUUUCAUGCUUAGUAGGCUAUUUGUGAAAAUGUCAUAUUAAUCAAUGCCCAUUCUAUUCCAGCUUAAAUUAUAACACUGUCACACUAUAAUUUUUUAUGUGUAACAAAAUCCAAUAUACAUUUUUAAUGGCCCCUUAUCUUUUGUAAAACAUAUGGCUUAAGUUCAAAAGUGCAGGAAUCUAAACCAAACAUGCUAAAAAUAUAUUCUUAAUGAAUAGUAGGCCUGUCAGUGAGUUGAAUGAAGGUGGUGCAGUGGAAUUGUCAAUUGUUUAAACCUUCUGUAUCAACACAUUCUUGAAAUGAGCAAGGGGGAAAAAGAUGAAUAAACUCACACCAACAAAAUGAACAUAUUUUACUCAAGGCCUACAAGCAAAAUGCUUCAGAACUACUAGGCUAUAUCUGUAUGAUCCUAAAACGUUUGAAUCAAAUAAAAUUAUUCACGUUCAUUUCCCAUUCGUGCGCGCUACCUGGUCCAAACCAAAGAUUAUCAGACACGCUUUAACACUCUUGGAACAAAUGAGAUUACACUGCCAGGAAGUUGGGAGAAACAGCUUCACUUUUAUUGCACCAUCCUCUUACAGUUAGGCAACAACACAUGACGUUUUUAGACAAAGUGUAAAACCUGAGUGUGAUUUUAUUUGGUUGUA